AUGGCUACCCGAUCCAAACCCGGGCAGGGACUAAGGAAAACCACAGCGUCCCGACCUCCCGUGCCUCUUCCCGAACGCGAGUUCCACAAGUGCAACUCCAGCGCCGUUCGCUCGAGUGCGGCGCGCACUUCCCACCCGCCGGCAAACCGCACAGCCCUGGGAAACCUCACCCCCGAUCCCGACCCUGCCUCGCUAAGCGCCCGCGAUCCCAAGGAAGCGGGAUCCCAGGGAGGCGUCCCUCCCCCGGCGCCCCCCGAGCCGCUGAGGGCGAGCGGGCCGCGCUCCCCCGGCGUGCCCCGUUACCUGCGGGGGGCGCAGCCCCGGGCGCUGCCCCGUGAGGGCCACGGCCCCGCCGGGCACCGCCGCCCGCCCCUCUCGGCCGUGGCAACGGAAGGGCGGAGCCCGCCCGCCGGCGCCCGCUGA